AUGAGAGACCACCCUGAGCUGUCAUUUCGCACUCUCCAAAAGUUAUCAGAAGCACAAGCACAAAAGGCCAAUAUGACAAUUGUAAAAGAUUAUUUUGAAAAACUUGGUAAAAUCAUUAAUGAACAUUCACUUACCACUGCACAGAUUUGGAAUAUGGAUGAAACUGGUUUCAUCCUUAUUCCCAAAUCUGAAAAAGUUAUUGCACAAAAAGGUGCAUGCCAGGUUCACAAAGUCAUACAUGAAAACACUACUGAACAUAUUUCAGUAAUACCUACAAUUUCAGCUGCUGGUUCAUCUAUACCACCUUUAUUUAUUUAUAAAGGUGUUCGUACAAUUUCUGGUCUAUUAGAAGGUGCACCUCCUAGAGCUGUUAUGGGUUUUACAGAUACUGGGUAUAUGCGUGAGGAUCUUUUUCAAAUGUACCUAGACCAUUUUAUUAAUUUUAUCUCAUCUAUUCGACCAGUCUUGUUAAUACUCGAUGGCCAUAAAAGCCACAUUAACUAUAUGAGUGUAGGCUUUUGUCACCAAAAUAAUAUCCUUCUCUUUGCUCUACCAACUCAUAUGAUACAUAUUUUACAACCAUCUGAGAUUCCAUUUGCGAAAUUAAAAAAAGGAUAUAGUAAAGCAUAUGAUAAGUAUCAUACUAAUAAUGGUAAAACAGUAACUAAGCAUACCUUCGCAGAGAUUUUUGGUCCCAUUUUUAUUGAAACCUAUACACCACUAGCAAUUUGCAACGCCUACAGAACUACUGGCAUAUGGCUAUUUAAUCCUAGUGCGAUUAGUGAUGAUUGUUUAGACCCUUUUCUAUUAACUGAACAAUUUAAUGAACCGGCCGACCAACCUUUAAUUUUGCCAUUACUUUCUCAACCAAAUCAUUUUCAUUUUACUCGCCUAAAUGUUAAUAGUUUAAAGGAAGAAAAUAUUAUACUUAAAAAUGAGAAUGAUUUGUUGAGAUCUCAGGUUGAGAAACUAAAUGAGGAACUAGAAACUUAUAAGAACCCUGGGACAUGUGCAUUACGUUUAGCACUCAAGUAUCCAUUUGAGCCUAUGUCGUUCCUACCUAAAAAAAAGAGAAAGACACUUCCAUUUGCACGGCUUUUAAUUGAAGAAGAAAGUUGGCAUCAGUUGAAUGAGUUGAAUGAAAAAGCUGAACGAAAAGCUGAAGAAAUAAAGCGAAAAAAAGAGAUUGCAGCUCAAAAAAAAGAAGCGGCUGCCUAA